ACAAAUUGAAAUUGGUAAAAUGAAUGAAUCUUGAAGUAUCUUUGUAUAUUAUUAGUCACAUGCCUGUAUUUGGAAAGACUAUGAUCUAGCUAUAAAUAUAAUAUCUUUGCCAUAGAAAAAUCAGAAUAUAUUUGGACCAGACUAAGGCUGCAGCUGCUUAAACGAUAUGGUGCUAAAAUACACUGUAGUUGGCUCCUUUAGGUCUCAAACAUCAAUGGAAUACAUUCUUGACUACUCGACCUAAAUAACAGCAAAAUGUGAUACUAAAUUUUACUUAAAUAUUUCCAUACAGAACAUUUCAUAUAAUGUUGAAAAAAAUAAUUUGUUCUAUGUUAAAUACUUGUGGAGCUAAUAUUUUGGGUCUUUUAGCACCAAUAGUUAUUCCACCUUUACAUAUUACAUUCAUUUAUUAUUUUUGGCACGAUUUUUCAAGAGAUGUUGAUAAACAGUUUUGCUCUUGUUCUUGCUGGGAUACUGUAUUUAAAGGUUCUUAUGAAUCAGGUAUUGCUUCAUAUAAACAUAUGUAUUUUAAUGCCACAUCUAAUACUGUAAAAAUCUGGGUUACAGUUGUUUUUGGAAUAAUUAUCUUUUAUGAGACAGUAAAACAUUUAGCUUGGUUAGGAUUUAAAAAACAUCUCCGAUGGAAAAUGAUGAUACUUUUCAUGAGUGCAUUAUUUUCUCAUUAUUAUUCCUGGUGGGUGUAUAUCAAUUAUUGGAAUGAUGAUUUUUAUUCUCAAUGGUACCAUCAAUUUUUCUUUUCUGUGACUGAAUUGGUAUCUACUAUUCUUGUUGUACAUUUGGCUGAUCAAAGAAAUCUUGUAACACGUAGAAAAUCAUUUGGAAUUGUUAGUAUUGCUCUUUUACAUAUUCUUGCUAGUGGAUGGGAUCAAUUUGUUACAAAUGUUGUGAGAGGUGAAGGUUAUGCUCAUCAGAUUGUCCGUGAUUUGGGUUUUAUGAUUCCAGAUAUUCUCCAUGUAAUUAUUCCAUUAUGCUCAUUAGACAUGAAAAAAACAUAUUUAUUACCAGGAACUACACUUUCUGACUCAGAUAUUAGAGCUGAUUUAAUAUUUAUGCUUGGUACUAUUCUCGUUGGCCUAUAUUUAUGUUCUGUUUUAUAAGA